AUGGAUCAAUACACCAAUAAGCACCAUCCAGAUUUUGUUCCUGGAACUUACAACAUCUAUUCAUCACUAAAUUUAGAAAACGGAGUUUUAUAUAAAUCAAAAUUGAAAAAAGAUGGUGAUAUUAUUUUAAUUCCUCAACCUUCAGAUUCUCCAAAUGAUCCAUUAAAUUGGAGUAAAAAAAGAAAGCAUGCUCAUUUCCUAAUUAUGGCUUUUAUAACUGCUUUCACUGCAGCAACUUCAAAUGAUGCAGGUUCUACUCAAGAUUCUUUAAAUAAAAUUUAUGGUAUUAGUUAUGAUUCCAUGAAUACUGGUGCUGGUGUUUUAUUCUUAGGUAUUGGAUAUGGUACUUUGUUUCUAGCACCUUUAUCUUAUCUCUAUGGUAGAAAAUUACCUUAUAUUAUUUCAAUUGGUUUAGGUUUAAUUGGUGCUAUUUGGUUUGGGUUUGCUAAAAAAACUUCUGACACAAUCUGGUCACAAUUAUUUGUUGGUAUUAGUGAAUCUUGUGCUGAAGCUGCUGUGCAAUUAUCCUUGACUGAUAUUUAUUUCCAACAUCAAUUGGGUUCAAUUUUAACUGGUUAUAUUUUGAGUACCUCUGUCGGUACUUAUCUCGCUCCUUUAAUCGGUGGAUUCAUUGCUAAUAGAACUAGUUUUAGAUGGGUUGGCUGGAGUGGUGCAAUCAUAUCAGGGGCUUUAUUACUCGUUUUAUUUUUUGCAACAGAAGAAACUUAUUUCGAAAGAAAUAGAUACAUUACACCAUUAUCUUCAAAACAAUCAAUCAAUGGAUUAGAUAACGGUACUACUUUGAACUCAAGUGAACAUACCGAGGAAAACUUAUCUGGAGAUGAAAAGACAAUGGAUGGUGAUCAUAAGCAACAAGAAAAUGUAACAACACAUACAAAACCCGUCAAGGAUGACGAAAUCACCGAAGAAUUAAUUGAUGGUUCAAAAGAACAAAUGAAUGGUUAUUGGAAAAGAAUGGCAUUGAUCACACCAGCUUACAACUUGAAAGGUUGGGGUUUCAAACAAUAUUUGGAACAUAUCAAGAUCAAUUUGAAAAUGUUUUGCUUCCCAGGUAUUCUUUUAUCAGGUAUGUUUUGGGGUAUGCAAAAUGUGUUUCUUUCAUUCUAUUUAACUACUGAAGAUACUUUUUUCUAUGAUGAACCAUACAAUUACUCAAAUGCUGGUGUUGCAUUGAUGAAUAUUCCAUGUCUUAUUGGUGCUGUUAUUGGUUGUAUCUAUGCCGGUACUAUUAGUGACUACAUUGUGUUAUGGAUGGCUCGUCGUAAUAAAGGUGUUGUGGAAGCUGAAUUUAGAUUAUAUUUCAUCUUUUUAGCUGCAUUUUUCGGAUCGGCUGGUUUAUUGAUGUUUGGUAUCGGUGCUGCGCGUAACUUGCCUCGUCCAAUGAUGUAUGUUGGUUUAGGUUUUAUUGGUUUUGCUUAUGGUUCAGCUGGUGAUAUUGCCUUGGGUUAUGUUAUGGAAGCUUCAGAAUUAGUUUUAGAAUCAAUGGUGUGUGUUGCAAUCAUCAACAACACUGUCAGUUGCAUCUUUACAUUUACAUGUUCCCUUUGGUUGGAUGCUUCAGGAACUGAAAACACAUAUAUUGCCUUGGCUGUAAUCAACUUUGGUGUUUCCAUGAUGGCCAUUCCAAUGAUUAUUUGGGGUAAAGACACCCGUAGAUGGACCAAGAAAUGGUACUUGGAAUUUUUAGAGGUUAGAGAUGGUAUAUGA